CAGGGGCAGCUCCCCCCAGAAGCUGUCGCCGCCGCCGCUGCCCCCUCGCCUGCCUCUCUGGAGAUCCCUCUUUUUCUGCUUGCUAAUGAUAUUGCAUCGACUGCCUCUCUGGAGCUCCCCCGAGGGCACCCAGCGCUCAGGGAAAGGCUCCCCCCCAUCCUCCAAGGGUCCCCAGCCCAGGGACAUCAACAUGUUCUCCACGACCCACGAGCUGACUCACGGCAAGCUGCUGGGGCGCCGCAUCUCCCAGGAGGAUCCCUACGGCAUCGAUGCCAUCACCUGCCUCAACCUGAAGUCGACCUACGAGUCGGAGGUGCUGAGGGAAACUUCCCGAGGCUGGAAGGAAGGCAGGAGCAUCUUUGAGAAGGAGUCAAGUGGCAAACCAGUGGCACGAAGCAAGACCAUGCCCCCCCAGGUGCCCCCGCGGACGUACGGCGGCAGCAGGAAGAACUUGGUGCUCAACAAGAACCGCAGGAUCUCCAUCGAUCCGGUUGCCCCUCGGCCACAUUCCUUCUCCAAUGGCUAUGAGCUCUUCGAAGUCUCCGAGGAGCGCGAUGAGGAGGUGGCUGCUUUCUGCCACAUGUUGGAUGUGCUGCGAUCCAGCUACAGCACCAAGGACUAUUCCCUGACGGGUUUGGUGUGGAAUGCUGUCAACCUGAGCCCUGAGCAGCUGGGCCAUGGGGUGAGCCUGAAGGUGACAGUGGUGUGUGACAGCCUGAGGGAGCCUCUCACCUUCACCUGCGACUGCUCCUCCACUGUGGACCUGCUCAUCUACCAGGCUCUGUGCUACACACAUGAUGAGCUGCACACCAUCGACGUCGAGGACUUUGUGCUCAAGAUCUGUGGCCUGGAGGAAUUCCUGCAGAACAAACACGCCCUGGGCAGCCACGAGUACAUCCAGCACUGCAGGAAGUUUGACAUCGACAUCCGACUGCAGCUGAUGAGGAGGAAGGGAGUGCGCAGCGACCUGGCUCGAACGGCGAGUGAUGACCAGAGCCCUUCCACCCUCAACCACUACAUCCACCUGCAGGAGAGACCCAUCAAGCAAACCAUCAGCAGGCAGGCCCUGAGUCUCCUCUUUGACACCUUCCACAACGAGGUGGAUGCUUUCCUGGCAGCUGAGGGAGACUUCUCACUGAAGGCAGAACGUGUGAUCCAGUCAGUCAUGGCCAUCUGCAAUGCUCUGGCAGCUGUGGAAUCACAGGAGAUCACUGCAGCCCUGAACCAGAUGCCUCCCUGCCCAUCCCGCAUGCAGCCCAAGAUCCAGAAGGAUCCAAAUGUUCUGGCCAAGAGGGAAAAUCGAGAGCGGAUUGUGGAGAGUCUGACUGCUGCCAUCCUCAACCUGGUGGAGCUCUACUGCAGCACCUUCAAUGCUGAUUUCCAGACAGCUGUUCCCGGGGGUCGGGAGCUGGGGGUGGCACAGGAGGCUCGGCUGCUCUCCUGCCCCCUCUCCUUCACUGUCUAUGCCACCCACCGCAUCCCCAUCACCUGGGCCACCAG